UCCAAACAUUGGCCUUAUUCUCGAAGGGACUGGAAUGGGCGGGGAUGUGCAACUUUGGAUAACUCUGCUUCUCUCUGCUUGGCCUCGGUUAUCAAACAAUGCAUGCGUAUUUGGCGACAUACCCACGUACCCAUAUGGCUGGAUGUGUGUUGGAGUUCACCAAAUUGGGUCUUCACCAUGUUAUCAGCGAUGAGACGGAGAAGGGGAAGGGGAAGGCGAAAGGUAAGGGGUCCUUCGCAUUUCGUACCAACUGUUCGAUUUCAAUUUCGAAAGAAAGAUGGAGCUCAAGCUCUAGAUCAAGAUCAUGCGUCGGAAAACUAAAGGUUUCGGCAGCAAAGUCUCAAGAACCCGUUGAUUCUUCACGGGCAGAGGCCACUCAAGAAGAAGAAGAAGGAGACGACGAAAAUUAUCGAGUACUGACGGCUGUAAAAAGCAGUUUCAACGAUAUUUUAAUCCUCGAUAGUUCAAAGUCCAGGAUACUGCUCCUCGACUCUACUCAUAAUGUUCAUAGCAUUCUUUACAAGGACCAGAAAUGGACCGGUUCCUAUUGGGAUGAGUUUGCUAGCUUGCCUGCUAUUGUUCCAAAAGGUCCCAUCGCCAUCCUUGGUUUGGGUGGUGGAACUACUGCUCGGCUAAUGCUUGACUUGUGGCCUUCAUUGCAACUUGAUGGCUGGGAGAUUGAUGGAAUUUUGAUCGAUAAAGCAAGAGAAUAUCUUGGGCUGUCAUAUCUUGAGAAACAUACUGUAGCUGGUGGCAUCCUUAAUGUUCAUAUCGGUGAUGCCCUUUCACAAUCGGUUAAUGUGUCUGAAAGAUAUGCUGGUAAGAUCCUCGUCCGCCUAGCUUUUUGUAUUUCCUAG